AUGUCGGCUCGUACGGAACAAGUCCUUGCGAAGUUUACCAGCCUACUCAAUCAACUUGCUCACUUCCUCAACGAGAACCAGAAAUACUUAUCGCCUGACAAAUGCAAAAACUGUUAUCAUUCUCUCCCACCUUUGGAGAAGUCAUCCCUUGGAAAAAUUAUUACAUUAUUACAUAUUGGGGAGCCGAAUGCAUCAAUGAGCGAGAAACAGGAUGCGUAUGGUUCGCACAACGGCUACUCAUCUGGAGAUUUGAUAGAUUCUUCUAACAAUGAGGAGCUCUCAGGCGACGAUGAGUUCUCCAGCGAUAGGAGAGGCUUGUCUGGAGGUGUGAAAAAUACUUCCGGUGGGAGGCCCGAUUUUAAAAUCUUCAAAGUGUCGGUGGUAGCCAUGCCCGAAACUGCAGAGCGAUGGGCAAAAAGCCAUAAGACCUUCUUUGAAGAAUCAUCGCAAAAUCAUCCUGAGGGACGAGGCUGGGGCGCCAUUUAUCGACGAUUCGACCUGUACGAUUUCUUCUUUUUGGUCCAAACGUAUGGAUAUCAUAAUGGUCUAAGAUGGGUCUAUCGUGCACGAAGGAAACUUGCCAGCAGGAUAAAACAGCUGUCCUCUUCAUCCCUUCAACUGACAGUUGACGAUAUGGACAAGAAGCUUGAUCUCUGGGUCAACCUGGGUCGUGGAUUUGCUGAAUGGGUUAUGGAGUUUAACGAGCGUCCAGGUUGUCUACUUCUGUUGCCGCUCGACGUCUCAGAAACCGAUUACACCGCUAGACGGUACCGUAAACAUAUAAAACCAGCAGUGCAGCAUCUCAUCAAGAUCGGUUUUCAAAAUGUCAUGCGCCAGUGGGACCUCUAUGCACUUGGGGACAGUAUUGUUCUAGGGCUAAAGGAGCGACGCCCGUCCUUAGCCAAGAUUGACGACUCCAACACAACCCAGUCGCAAGUUCACGAUACGCAAUUACUCAAUCAUAUGGCACAUUCGGGAACUGUCACGGAAGCUUUAUCGAAUAUGCAGGAGCAGAUGGACCCAGCUAUGGACCUUAACCCGCAGUUCACCAACUCUGCCGGAUUGAUUUCUAAUCCCGGGUGUUCAGCUAGAAGCAGCACCUACGACAUUUCUUUUGAGAAAACAUUUAACCGAAAUUCUACGCUAAGUUGUACGAGACCGUAUGAAUCCGCAAUCUUCAGUGUCAUUCAAGAGGGGAAUAUUCCAACCAUGGUGACUCUUCUGCAAAACGGACAAGCCUCUAUUCAUGACGUUGACCCAUAUGGACUUGGCCUUCUAUAUUUAUGGAUCACUUACCCCGAAUUCAUCAAUGACGUUACUGACAAAAAGUAUAGUAUGCCGCCUACUAUUGCUGGAAAGCUCAAGGCGCUGCUAAAGCAAUGCAGUAACCCAAUGUAUACGCUGCUGGACUGCGCGCUAGUAUCCACAGCCAUGAGCAAUGGCUCCUCGUUCGAAUUUUCUCAAUAUUGUGGGAUGAUUGGUAGCCUUUUUGGCAGAUCAUCGAGCAAGGUUGGGAAUAACUACUUAGGUAGUCGAGGAUUUACAACACUUCAUGAGGUCCUUCUACGAAUCAAUACCAGUCAAUCAUUGGAGGAGUUUCUCGUCUGUUCAUCUCGAGCCGGAGGUAUUGCCGCUUUGAUUGACCAGCCAGAUUAUCAUUAUCGAACUCCUUUAACAUGGGCUGUUGAAUUUGGCUGGGUUUACGCCGUCCGAACCCUUCUGAAAUACGGUGCUAAUCCACACAGAGCAAUUCUCUCGGCACGCGGUAAAUCUACUCUCCUACACCUAGUGCUUGCCGGUCCAUGUUCUCAGUUUUCGAAAGGCGACUUCAAUUCUGUUGUCGAGGUUUUGCUUGCUCAAGGCGUUGACAUUAAUGCGAGAGAUCAUGAAGGGUGGACGCCAUUGCAUAUUGCAGCAUCAUGGGACAGCGGCUGA